AUGAGUGACGGCGACGCCGCCGCCGAAGCGCGCGCGCGUCGCUACGACAACGCCGAGCCGCGCACGCGUCGCUACGACGACGACGACGACCUGGUGGCGCGGCGCGAGACGGUGGCGCCGCCGUUGCCGGACAUCACGGUGCGCGCGGACGACGAUACGGAGUUGGUGGUGGUGGGUCGCGCGACGCUGAGCGCGGCGCUGCAGGGAAGCUGCGAGGAUGCGGUGCGACGCGUCACCGCGGUGAUCGCGCAGCUAGAGGUCGUCAAGGAGCAGCUCGUCACCGGCGAGUACAAGUCGCGGCACGGUCGGCCGUCGAGCCGUGAGGCGACGCGGCGACGCGAGCAGCAGGAGGAACAGAUCCGUGGCCAGCAGGAGCAGAUAGCGCAGCAGCAGCAGAAGAUACACGAGCUGCAGCAAGCGUUGCUCGCCGUCAACUUCGGCGGCAAGCUAGCAGCGGCCGCCGCCGCCGCGCAGCAUCCGGGGGUCAUGCUGGUGCCCGUCUACGAGAGCGUGCCGACGAUGACGGCCACGUCGUCGUCGGUGUCGCUCGUGCACGCGCCGACGACGCACAUGACGCAUCCGCUGCUAGCAGGCGCUGCUGGAACUACCUCACUCUACCCGUCACCGCCCGGCGCGCUGCCUGCGCAGGUGUCACUUGUGUGCGAACGCGCGCAGCAGGUACCGGCAGGUGGCGCUGCUGUCCGCGCCUUCCACCUCAGCGAGCUCCUCGUCGGACGAGAACACGGCCGCGCAUCCGCUUAG